GAUGCCCUCAAUCUGACGUUUACGUGCCGGCCAAUCGAGCAGUUGUGAGCGUCUUCGGACCGUCAGACUCGAGUCCAUCCAUCCAUCCAUGUGCAAUGGCGACGACAGCAAGAGCGUGGCCGUCCUCGGGGCUGGAGGAGGUGGGAGUCACUGGCAGGAGGCAGGGUGCCUACGCGAUCACCAUUUUGUUUUGUUUCUUCGUCUGUUUGUUUGUCCUGCCUGCCUGUUUGCUGCUGCGUUGUGUCUGUCAGGUGGUCUGGUGGCGGCCCGACUGCUGCGCGAUGCAGGUUUCCGGGUCAAGGUUUUCGAGGCCUCUGACCAGAUCGGUGGCGUGUGGGUCUACAGCGACUCUCCCACGCGCGGCGCACUGUACAAGAGCCUGCACACCAACCUGCCCAAGGAAGUUAUGGCGUACAGCGACUUCCCCUUCGAUGCCGCCCUCCCGUCCUUCAUGAAGCACGAGGAUGUACUCAACUACCUGCAGGCCUACGCCCGGCACUUCAACCUUUAUCACAUGAUCGCCCUCUCCACACCGGUGCGGUCGGCGGAAUACGUGCCGGGGACGGACUGGCAGGGGGAUGGCGGCAGACCACCAGGGCGGUAGGUAGGGCGGCACAUUUGUUUGUCUGUGAGCAUGUCUGUGUGUGUGUUGUAUUACAGCUGGUUGGUCAACGGAGAGGAGGUGUUUGGGGCGCUGGUCGUGGCCAAUGGGCACUACAACGUGCCGCACUACCCACCGCUGCUCAAGAACGAUUUCACUGGUGUCGCCAUCCAUUCCAAAGAGUACCGCUCCCCUUCACCAUUCGCCAACAAGCGCGUUUUGCUCGUCGGCGAGGGGCGCAGCGGCAAAGGUCAGUGAGUGAGUCCUGUGCCUACCUAACACUGACUGACUGACUGACCCCACUGGCCCGUCCCUGUUGAUCGAUGCGAUGCUUGCCAACCGCCGAUGGUAUGUAUGCUUUGAACAGAUUUGGUGUGGGAGCUUCACAGCCUCGCUAGGAAGGUGGUCUGGUCUGGCACCUCGUUCAGCGACCCCGACGCAGCCGCGUCAGCGAGAGGCAAGCUGCCCUCGAGUGUGUGGCCGGUCGGCCGCCUGGAGGGGCUGGACAAGGGCGGGCGGUAUAUCGUGAAGGGGGCAGCCGGCGAGCUCGUCACAAGCCAAGACACCGUUGAUGCUGUCAUCUACGCCACCGGCUACAAAUUUGGUAGGCGAGCAGGCAGGACUCAAGUGCGUUGGUGCAGAGUGCGUGGCUGAGUGGCUGUGCAGAUUUCCCCUUCUUCUCGGAGUCGAGUGGUCUCUUCCCCUCCGAGUGCACGAUGCGCUCCCCCGAGGGCGCCUUUCGUGAGUCGCUGCAUCUGCACUUGUUUCACCGGAAGCACCCGUCGAGCCUGUUCUUCCUGGGCCUGCCGGAGUUCGGGCCGGGGAUCUUCAAGGUCAUGGAGCACCAGACCAAGGCGAUCAUUGCCGUCAUGAAGGGACACGUCAGCACAGAGGUACUUUUGCAAUCAAUCAGGGGAGGCCGACAGACACACACUCACACAGAGAGAGAGAGAAAGGGAUGCCUGCUCUUUGUCUCUCUCUCUCUCUCUCUGUGCGUGUGUGUGUGUGUGUAGGAUUUGGCGUCGUUGGAUAUCAGGUGUUCCUUCCCAUACGGCCACAUGCGAGACGACAUUUUCCCCUACUGUGUGAUGCUGGACUCGCUGCCCGCCGGCACCCACCGAUCAUUCCCGGACGACCACUGGCAGGUGAAGCUUCCGAGGGACAUCGAGGUGCGCAUGGAAGUGGCCAGGGACACCCGAGAGGCGAGAGCCAGCAUGCCGCAGAGAUACAGAGAUCGGAACUAUCGCAUCAUCGAGAGUGAUGGGGUCGAAGGGGGAAUCACAUGGGAGGUGGUGGUCGAGUGAUGGUCCGUAUGGACGAGCUGCAUGGUGAGUCCUGCCCGGCUCAAGCGCAGCGCAUGCGUUCGUUUUGGUAGACAAGGGUG